AUGUCAUCGCGGGGCGUUCGAGCAGCGGGUACCGACGGCAACGACUUCCAGAAUCGCCAACGGAUCGCGCAGCACUAUCAGGAGAGUGCUCAGUACAAGUCCGUCUUGAAAUGGUUCUUCGUGCCGCACUUCUUGAUUCUGGUGUUCAUGUGGCUCAAGGUCGGAAGCGAAUUCCUGCGAUACAAUUUCGGAUGGAAAAAUGCGUUCUUCGAGCGACUGGACAUGCCAGCAGCCUAUCCAUGGGAAUACGUCUGGUGUCUCUCCUUCAUCCCCAUCGUACUGGCGCUCUCUUCGUUCCAGAGGAAUAAGUUGAAAGUCCUUCACUACGCCUACUAUGCUGAGUUCAUCUGUGGAAUCUUCCCAUGUAUGAUUGGCCUCGGAGGACAACUGCCGGAGCUUCUGGAGUAUGCCAACGAUAUGGAGGGAAGCAACACGCCGACUUUCAAAGGAAUCUUCCCAAUGGUCAUCAUCUGGUACAUCUUCUUCGCCGUCGCUCUUCAAAUCCACGGAUUCUCGAUGUAUUUCAUGCACCACCUUGCCGCAGCAUGGGCACCAGUCAAACGAGAUUAA